AUGCCAAAACCAAACGCCACUGCUGUGACCGAGUUCCUCUUUGAGGGUUUCUCCAGCUUCGGGUGGCAGCACAGGCUUGUCUUCUUUGUUGUCUUCCUAACUUUGUAUCUGCUGACUCUCUCGGGCAAUGCCAUUAUUGUUAGCAUUAUUUGCAUGGACCGUCACCUCCAUACUCCCAUGUACUUUUUCCUGAGCAUGCUGUCCAUCUCCGAGACCUGCUAUACUGUGGCCAUCAUUCCCCAGAUGCUCUCUGGCCUGCUGAGUCCUCAUCAACCCAUUGCUAAACAAGGCUGCGCCGCUCAGCUCUUCUUCUAUCUCACCUUUGGUAUCAACAACUGCUUUCUGCUCAUGGCCAUGGGAUAUGAUCGCUACGUGGCCAUCUGCAACCCCCUGCGGUACUCAGUCAUCAUGGGUAAAGAGGCCUGUGUGCGGUUUGUAUCUGGGUCACUGGGAAUUGGUCUGGGCAUGGCCACUGUUCAAGUCACCUCUACGUGGAAUUUAUCGAUGAAGAGAGAGAACUACACAGUGGUGAGUGAAUUUUUUUUCCAGGGUUUUUCCAGCUUUCAUGAGCACAAGCUUACUCUAUUUGCAAUAUUUCUCACCUUGUAUGUUUUAACCCUGGCUGGCAAUGUCAUCAUUGUGACAAUAAUCAGCAUUGAUCAUCACCUUCACACCCCCAUGUACUUCUUUCUUAGUAUGCUUUCAACCUCAGAAACGAUGUACACGUUGGUCAUUGUACCACAGAUGCUCUCCGGCCUCAUAGUACAAAGCCAGUCCAUCUCCUUGGCUGGCUGUGCCACCCAGAUGUUCUUUUUUAUCACUUUGGCCGUCAACAACUGCUUUCUACUCACAGCAAUGGGGUAUGACCGCUAUGUCGCCAUCUGCAAACCUUUGAGGUACACAGUCAUCAUGAACAGGAGGGUGUGUGCCCAGCUGGUUUGGGGGGCCUGCAGCAUUGGCCUGCUUGCGGCCAUAAUUCAGAUUUCCUCUGUGUUCAGUCAGCCCUUUUGUGGUAAAGAGGUGGCCCAUUAUUUCUGUGACAUCCGCCCAGUUAUGAAACUCUCCUGUGUUGACACCAAUCUACAUGACAUAAUUAAUUUUAUCGUCAGCUCACUUGUCAUUUUGGUGCCCAUGGGUUUGGUCUUCAUCUCCUACAUCCUUAUCAUCUCCACCAUCCUCAAGAUUGCCUCAAGUGAGGGCCAAAAGAAGGCUUUUGCAACUUGUGCCUCCCACCUCAUUGUGGUCAUUGUCCACUAUGGCUGUGCCUCCAUUGCCUACCUCAAGCCUAAGUCGGAGAACACCAAAGACCAGGAUCAGCUGAUCUCAGUGGCCUACACCAUCUUUACUCCUCUCCUGAACCCUGUGGUCUAUACUCUGAGAAACAAGGAGGUCAAGAAUGCCCUUCACCGUGCUAUCAGCAGAAAACCUCCUGCCUAG